GUCUUCCGGAAGACGUCAGUUUUGGCGCGCGUCGCUGGUGGCGCGUACACGGAGAGCGCGAGGCGAGAAAAAAAGGCGCGAACAUUUCCCCAUCCCCUCAGCAAGCGCGCGCCGAUUAAUCGGUGACUAAUCGAUUACAAAUUGGCGAAAUCGAUUGUAUUGCCGAGGUGAUAAGAUGAGCGCCGUCGAGAAGGAGAUGCGGCAGUUCCUGACGAACUACUUCAAGGGGCGCGCAGACAUCGGCUCGUUGACGCUGCGUAAACUGCGGGAGGCGUUUCUCUCCGCCACGUCGAGGAGCAGCCUCAAGGAGACGGAGCGAAACGACUUCAAACGUCUCGUGCUGGAGGCCCUGCACACAUACACGGCCUCCGCCUCAUCCUCCGGCUCGUCUGAUGAGGAGCCUCUGGCCCAGAUGCAGAGACACAGUGAGACCAAGAGCAGCCGCUCACCUGUGAGGAAGCGAGGUCGUGGCUCAGAGGGCGACUCCUCCGUCUCGGGUGAGUCACCCACUCACCCGGUGAAGAGACGAAGAGCGGAGUCACCCUCACCUGACUCAUCGAGCGUUGAACGGAAACCCAGCGGCAGACAAAAUCAAUCGGCUGCAGGCGGGAAGACAAAGACGGCCUUGAAGACAAAGGUCCCGGUGAAGACAAAGGCCCCGGUGAAAACAAAGGCAGCCGGGAAGACAAAGGCAGCCGGGAAGAGGUCACCGAAAAUGUCUGACGAUGAAGAUGAUGAUGAUGGUAGUGAUGGUAGUGAUGGUAGUGAUAGUGAGGAUAGUGAUGGUGAUGUCAAAAAAUCCGGCACCGUUAACAAACGGAAGAAACCUUCCAUCACAAAGGAGAGCGAUGAUGGUAGUGAUGGUAGUGAUGGUAGCGAUGGUAGUGAUGGUGGUGAUGGUGAUGGUAGUGAUGGUAGUGAUGGUGAUGUUAAAAAAUCCAGCACCGUUAACAAACAAAAGAAACCUUCCAUCAGAAAGGACAGUGAUGAUGGUAGUGAUGGUAGUGAUGGUAGUGAUGGUGGUGAUGGUGAUAUUAAAAAAUCCGGCAUCGUUAACAAACAGAAGAAACCUUCCAUCAGAAAGGAGAGCGAUGAUGUUAGUGAUGGCAGUGAUGGCAGUGAUGGUGGUGAUGGUGGUGAUGGUGGUGAUGGUGGUGAUGGUAGUGAUGGUGAUGUUGAUGUCAAAAAAUCCGGCACCGUUUCCCAACGGAAGAAAUCUGCCGUCACAAAGGACAGCGAUGAUGGUGGUGAUGGUGAUGGUAGUGAUGGUGAUGUUAAAAAAUCCGGCACCGUUAACAAACAGAAGAAACCUUCCAUCACAAAGGACAGUGAUGAUGGUAGUGAUGGUGAUGGUAGUGAUGGUAGUGAUGGUGAUGGUAGUGGCAAGGGUGAUGUUAAAAAAUCCGGCACCGCCACCAAACGGAAGAAACCUUCCGUCACAAAGGACAGUGAUGAUGGUAGUGAUGGUAGUGAUAGUAGCGAUGGUAGCGAUGGUAGUGAUGGUGAUGGUAGUGGCAAGGGUGAUGUCAAAAAAUCCGGCACCGUUAUCAAACGGAAGAAAUCUUCCGUCACAAAGGACAGUGAUGAUGGUAGUGAUGGUAGUGAUGGUAGUGAUGGUAGUGGCAAGGGUGAUGUCAAAAAAUCCAGCACCGCUGCCAAACGCAAGAAGUCUUCCAGCGGAAGUGGCGGCGAUGGUGGCGGCGAUGGCGGUGGCGGCAGGCGGAAGGGAAAGUCGGCAAAGAAGUCAACGGAAAGGAAGAGCGCUGAGGAUCACCCGGCAGUGCAGCGCUUGAAGCGCUACCUGCUUGCGUGUGGAGUGCGCUGUCGCUACGCCAAGUUGCUGAGCGACUGCCACUCGCGGUCGGCACGCGUACGCAGGCUGCAGGAAGAGCUGCAGCAAGCCGGGAUGAAAGGGAAGCCGACGCUGGAGAAGUGUCGGAGGUUGAAGGCCAAGAGGGAGGAGGCUGCAGAAGUGGCAGAGCUGGACUCUAGAAACAUUAUCGUCACCACAGGCCGCCCCAAGCGCACCAACGUUUGGAGUCUUUACAACGCCCCCACCACCACCGCCACCACCACCUCAACGCAGCAGCAGCAGCGGCAGGAGGAUGAUGAAGAUAAAGAUGUCCACGACUACCUCGAGCAGUCCCCUGCGAAGCUGCGAGCGCUGCCCUCGGACGACGACUCGGCAGCGGCGACGGACGAGGAGUCGGCAGCAGCGGGAGGAGGAGGAGGAGGGCGGCCCAGGAAAGGCCUGUCGGCCUGGGCCGGGCUCCGCGGGAUCAUCAGCGACGAUGGGGACAGCGGCGGUGACGAUGAUGAGUGAGGUGGUGGUGAGGAGGUGGUGAGGUGGUUGUGGUGGUGAGGUGGAGGUGGUGGUGAGGAGGAGCUACUUGCCGUUGCAAGGGCCGGUUUCCACUUUCAGUGUCUCAUCAGCAGCCAGGCUCUGAGUGAAUCACUGCCGCUGUGUGUGUUUGUGUGUCACUGUGUGUGUGUGUGUGUGUCACUGUGUGUGUGUGUGUGUCACUGUGUGUGUGUGUGUGUCACUGUGUGUGUGUGUGUGUCACUGUGUGUGUGUCACUGUGUGUCUGUGUGUGUGUGUCUGUGUGUGUCACUGUGUGUGUGUCACUGUGUGUGUGUCACUGUGUGUGUGUGUCACUGUGUGUGUGUGUCACUGUGUGUGUCACUGUGUGUGUGUGUCACUGUGUGUGUGUGUUUGUCACUGUGUGUGUGUUUGUCACUGUGUGUGUGUCACUGUGUGUAUGUGUGUCACUGUGUGUGUGUCAUUGUGUUUGUGUCACUGUGUGUGUGUCACUGUGUGUGUGUGCGUCGUGGUGACGUCACCGCCACUUAGUGGCGAAUGGCGGUUGUUGUUGUCACUGUGUGUGUCACUGUGUGUAUGUGUGUCACUGUGUGUGUCACUGUGUGUGUCACUGUGUGUGUGUCACUGUGUGUGUCACUGUGUGUGUCACUGUGUGUGUGUGUGUCACUGUGUGUGUGUGUGUCACUGUGUGUGUGUCACUGUGUGUGUGUGUGUGUGUCACUGUGUGUGUGUGUCACUGUGUGUGUGUGUGCCACUCAGAGUUGCGCUUCAUGGUAACUUCAUGUAACUUCUAGUGGGGUGGUUUUUGGAACGUUUUAAUGUUCAAUA